AAGAUCAACUUUACCGACAACCGUAUCAUUUGCGGUCAGUCAAAACUGCACUUGACAUUUGUCACCCGCUGACUACACUCGGGUCAGGUAUAUUGCAAUUUCAACGGACAGGUUAUUGACCACGUGAGAAUAUUAUUCACCAAAACGAUUUUUUGAACGUUUUUACGGAUGUACUCGGUGAUUUUUACGAAAUGUCUCAUGAGAAACCCUGUCGCGCGUGCACAGACUUCAAAACCUGGGCAAAGAUUCAGAAAAAGACAUUUGAAUCUGAGAAGGAAUCUGAGAAAAAGCAGGAGAAAGAUCAACCUAUAAAUAAUAAGGGGAAACGUGAUGAGUGUCCUUUGGACAAGGAUGAAUUAGGUUCUAAAACAUGGUCACUGUUACAUACCAUGGCAGCAUAUUAUCCUGACCAUCCAAGUGAAGCACAAAAGUCAGAUAUGAAACAGUUCUUUUACAAAUUUUCCAAAUUUUAUCCCUGUUAUGUAUGUGCAGAAGAUUUACAAGAACAGUUAAAACAGUCCCCACCACAGACUGAGUCACAGUACAUUUUGAGCCAUUGGCUUUGUGACAUUCACAAUGAAGUAAACAAGAAGCUUGGCAAACCAAAAUUCGACUGUAAUCUUGUCAAUCAAAGAUGGAGAGAUGGCUGGCUUGAUGGUUCUUGUGAUUAAUAAUGAUUUAUGAUCACCCGUGGCUUUAAAUAUUUAAAAGAGACCUACAUGUGAUAUAAAAUAUUAGUAAGUUGAUUGUCAUAAAUACUUUUCUAAUACGAGGAAUAGUUGUAUAUAUCAGAGUUGCGAGCAAAUUCAUAUUUAUCUUUACAGUCUAUAAGGAAACAUUAAUAAAAAUAGAAUUAUUAUAUUAGCAUGGUUACAUUGAUUAUCA